AUGGUUUCCGCUACCUCGUUUCUCCUCGCCACAUUGGCGGCAGUGGUCUCCGCUGCUCCCACCUGCAAACAGGAUGCCACGCCCACUCUCCCCCAGGUCGGCGGGGGCACCGAACUUCCUGCCCCGGCUGCCAGCUUCGUUGUCAAGAAGAUUGCCAUCGGUCAUGGCAUUCAGAACUACAGUUGCGCAGACGCCACCGCUACCAGCGUGGCAACUGGCGCCCUCGCCGUCCUUUACGACGCCACGAGCUUUUACCCGGGAACUAAGAAGACCGGCAUCAGCAAGCAAGUCUGGGACAAUCUGCCGUCGACUGUCCUCAGGCGUACGGAGAUACCGCUCAACAUACAAUACGGAUCUCAGUACGGUGCCGACCCGGCGAACCCAUUCCCGGACCCGGCAGACCUGACCUGCCCGGACGUGCCUACCGUCAAAUUCCUCGGCCACCACUACUUCAGCUCCGCCGGCGUGCCCACCUUCGACCUGAGCGCCGCAUCGCUGAAGGCGAGUGUCAAGAAGCUCGAUGGCAUCAACGCGCCCAGCAACGCCGACAAGGGCAUAACCGACUCCGGCGCCGUGCAGUGGCUGCAGCUUGGGGACAACGGCAGCGGAGAAUCACAGGGCGUGAGUUUGGUCUACCGCGUCGUCACGGCUGGCGGCGCCGCCCAGGCUUGCUCUGUCUCUGGCGCCGGUGUGCAGAGCGUGCCCUACACGGCCUACUACUGGUUCUACGGGUGA